AAGGGAGAGGGCUAAAGUAAAAAUUAAUUAAUAGGUAAAAAAAAACAUAAUUGUAAAUAAAUUAAAAAAAAAAGAGUGGACAAUAUGUAGUUUCUUUCCCCCACUUUAGCAAACAGUUAUUAAAAUAAUUGUAAAUUUUUACAUUUAUACAGCAACAAAUCUGUUCAGAGCCAAAGACAAACCCUCAAACAACGAAGAUAAAAUUAAAAAUAGCAAAUAAAUAAAUAAACAAAAGGGGAGAGGAGACUAUAGCACAUACAGAGAAGCUUAAUCCUCCUCUAGAGCAUAUACAUAAAUAAAUAUAUAUAAAUAUAUGUGAGAGAACCAAAGUUUCUCCAGUGUAAAUUAAAGCUCGUUCUUCCUUAAUCGUCCUCUGGGUUUAAACGUAGAAGAGACGGCGCCAUGUUGGAGAACAUGUCCAGACGUAACCGCUCGCUGCUGUCCCUGUCCCUCACGUCUCUGGCCCUCACCCUCUCCGUCUCCGCCUUCUGUACGUCCUACUGGUGCGAGGGGACGCACAAGGUGGUGAAGCCGCUCUGCCUUUCUCCGGUCAAGAUGAAGAACUGUGGCCAGAACAACAGCCAGCCGUACACAACGGAGGCCCCGACGCCGGACCCCAGGAACCCGACCCCCAACAUGACGCUGUCCCCGCUGCAGAAGGAGGAGCUGGCCCGGAUCCGGAGGAGGCAGCUGGCCAACGCCGUGCAGUACAUCUGGGAGACGGGAGAGGACAAAUACAUGCUGAGAUACUUCCACACCGGCUUCUGGCUCUCCUGUGAGAAACACAACGAAGGUAACGAUCAGGAGGAAAAGUGUCGCAGCUUCAUCGAGUUGACGCCCGGAGAGACUCAAGGCGUGCUGUGGCUGUCCGUCAUCAGCGAGUUCAUGUACAUCGGCCUCCUGGCCAUGGGCUUCCUGCUCAUGUGUGUGGAGGUCCUGUGUCUGUGCGCCAAGAGGGAGAUGAACGCCCUCAAGAUCAACGCCUACGCCGCCAUGUGCACCGUCCUCUCAGGCAUGAUGGGGAUGGUAGCUCACAUGAUGUACACCACAGUGUUUCAGAUGACCGUGAGCAUCGGCCCCAAAGACUGGAGGCCUCAGACCUGGGACUACGGCUGGUCCUUCGCCAUGGCGUGGCUGUCGUUCAGCUGCUGCAUGGCCGCCGCCGUGGCAACGCUGAACUCCUACACCAAGACCAUCAUCGAGAUGAAGCACCGGGCCAGGGUCCGGCUGGAGGAGGCCAGGGCGGCCACCAGCGCUCCCUCCUACGAGGAGGUCGUCCGAGGCAACGUCGGAUUAGGAGGAGGAGCAGGAGGAGUAGGACUAAUAGGAGGAGGGGUUUACUCCGUCAGCCAGCUGAUUCAGCUCGGCCAGCAGGGGGCGCUGAUCGACCCGCUGUGGCCCAGAGGAGUGGGACCGGCUGUGGGGCCUCUGGCGUGCAGCGCCGGUGGAGCUCUCCUCGUUGGAGGCGCAGGGAUCGGGGUUGGAGACAUCGGGACUGUUGGGGUCGACAUGGGGGUGGGAGGCAUGGGAGGCAUGGGAGGGAUGGGAGUCGGAGCAGUGGGCGGAGUCGGAGUGGGUGGGGGACGGCUGGUGGACCCUCAUGGCGUGGUGGUGUUGGAGGGGUGCAACGCCGAAGGAUGUGAAGACUGUGAGCGGGAGAUGGACGAGAUGGAUUACGCUCUGCAGGAGGAGCGAGAGGACUCACUCUGCUGAGAAUCUCAGGACAAAACUCCCCCAGCACUCAUUCAUGUUACUACGGUCAAAAAGACUUAGACACACACCGUCAAAAACCUUGGUUCACUUUAGGUCAACUUACGUCUGGACUAGUUUGGAAACGAGUAAUUCAAUUUUCCACCACUUGGGGCCAGAAGGACUCCAAACUCUGUAUUAUUUUGUUUUUUAACAAAGUAAUAUGCAUAAUAAGCUAAGACAACAACCUAGUGUUUCUGGCCAGUGACUCUACAGCAGCAUGGGAACCAAACCGACUUCACCAAUGGCUACGACUCCAUAGUCUCUUUAAAGCAGAGUCAACUAAUACAAUAAGCUCAGAGAGAUUCUCGGUGGAGACCAUCGCUGAGAUGAAACACCAGGCCGGUGUGGGACUGGACUUGGACCGCAACAUUGUGUUUCCAAACACCUGAUGAGUGUAAGUCCAAUAGAUCAUGUUUUUAUUCGUAGUUGGAGAGACUCUAGAGUUGUGAACUCAAAUAUAUUAAAACGUUGCAGUUGGGUUUUGAUUCUCACUGUCUUCAUACAGUUGUGUGAAAAUGUGUUGUCCCCCUUCCUGAUUUCUUUCUUUUUUCUUUUUUUUUUUUUUUGCAGGUUUGUCACACCUAAAUGUUUCAGAUCGUCAAACAAAUUUAAAUAUUAGUCAAAGAUAACACAAGUAAACACAAAAUUCUGUUUUUAAAUGAAGGUUUUUGUUAUUAAGGGGGGAAAAAAAUACAAACCUAGAGGUAGAUGUGGAACAGAGGAAGAAACUCAGAAAGGCAGUAGAUGAAGCAAAGGUCAGUUUCAAUGUGUAGAUUAUCCUCAAUGAAUCAUCAUAUCACUCAUAAGAGAAACUGGAUUAAUUAAGCAAAUUGUUGAGUAUUGGAGAGGCAGAGCAUAGAGCCUAACACCAACUUAUUUUUAUUUUUUUCCUGCAACAUCUGCUUUUUACACUCCAGUCCAGAGGGUGGUGGUAAUGCCCCAUUUUGUUGGUUGCCAACUGCCAAUAAAACGUGUAGAAGAAGAAAUGAAGCAGAUUCUCAAAAGCUACACAUUAUGCCGAGAUACAAAACUAUUCAGAAACAAAUGAAAGUAAUUGAGAUCUUUCAGUCUGGAAAAUGUUAUAAAGUUAUUUCUAAAGAUUUGGAACUCCAGUGAACAACACUGAGAGUCAUUAUUCACAAAAACCUUCCCAGGAGUGAACAAAAUUACCCCAAGAGCUCAAAGACGACUCAUCCACAAGGUCAGAAAAGACCCCACAACAACUUCCAAAGAACUGCAGGCCUCACUUGGCUCAGUUAAGGUCAGAGUUCAUGACUCCACCGUAAGAAAGAGUCUGGAUUAAAAUGGCCUCAUGGCAGAGUUCAAGACCAAAACCACUGAUGAGCUAAAAGAACAUAAAGGAUUGUCUCAGUUUGGCCUGAAAACAUCACGAUGAUCCCCAAGACUUUUGAGGAAAAUACUCUGUGAAGGUGACACAUUUAAGUGUGAGAAACAUGUAAAAAAAUAAAUAAAUAAAUAGAAAUCAGGAAGGUGGCCAACACUUUUUCACACCUCUGUAUCUGGUCAGGACAAAUCUGUGUUAAUGACGCUCCUGGAAAUGUUACUGCAGCAGCUGGAAAUCUGGAAAUUACAGGUAGAUCAAACCAAGAGCAAAUGGUGUCUGAAAUACUCAGAAGGAAAUAUUUCCUCCUCUCCUAAUACCCCUUUCAUAAUCCACUGAAAUCCCAUUCAUACUUGUAUCAAGACAUUUUCAGGUGGCACCACAUUGUUUUGUGAUGCUAUGCAAUGUCGAUUAUCUUCAUAUGAAUCAAGAAACAAUGUUUGAUUGUGUAAAUCCAGUGUCAUAGUGACUUCUUCAGGGACUGCGUGUAAAUGUGGGACUCACAAGGUCUUUGAAAGGAUGUGACUGUACCUAAAAGGUAAUUUAAAAGAUGUUGAAAAUGUGUCGAAAUAUUAUUUGCAUUCUUUUUUUUGUUUUUAAGUUUGUGUUCCUGUGACUUGGUAAAUAAACGUUUGUUGAAUGUCUUAUUGAUACAGAGUGCCUGCAAUCACCCCUUUUAUAGUUAAACUCUAUUAAUGGUGAGUUCUUAUUUGUUGAGAGAUGAUGAUGGUAAAAUCAUGAAAUCUAAAAAUGUUUUAUACUUGCAGCUUAAAUUGUGCUCAUUUCUUUUUUGCUUCUGCUUUUGUCCAUUUUAGUUGCGUGAAGGAAGUUGAGGGCUCCAUCGCUGACAUAAACUGAGAUAUUUCUAAGACCGUUCGAUAUAACGGGAUGAACUUUGGUACAGCCAUUCAUUGUUCCCAGACGAUAAACCUGACUGACUUUGGUGAUCCUUGACCUUUUCCUCUUGCUUCACCGCGAAAGCUAAAACUGGUAAUAUUUAGCGAAAUGUCUCAAAAUCGUCUGGCUGCAUUGAUGUCAUUUGAUAAAAACAAGAUACUUGUAAUCUACUAACUUUUAUAAUCAGUUAAUUUUCCUCCUUGCUCCAAUCAGAAUUUGUCCAAUGCUUUCAGAAUGAACUAAAUUCUGGUUGGCCUCGGUUGUGCUUUAUGUUUAGCCGGCAUGGACUGAAUCACGGAGAUACAGAUACAUCACAUCUAGGAACGAAAGAAACCAUGAGGAUCAAAGAUUACAGCUACACAGAGAUUUGGAUGUUGAGACAGAUGCUUUCAAAUGCUGGACAGGAGAUUAUGUCAGUAAUCUCCCCAGUCAGGCGAAAAGCAGAGAGAGAGGAGGAGAGAGAGAGGAGAGAUUGACAUAACACAUGCAGCGAGGCAGAGAUAAAGCAGACUCCCAGGCCACUGAACAAGAUGCGGAGAGUAAUUAAAAAUAUAAAUUACGAGGCUGAAUUAUACAAUACUUACACAACUGUCUAUGUAAAGAGAGAAAGUGCUACUGUUUUCUUGUAUUCCAGUUUAUUUUAAAUAUUGUGGGGAUUUUAGACGCUCCGGUUUUGCAAAAUUUGCGUCUUAUUCACAGUUUGUAUUAAUUGAUGUACUAAUUUUAUAUAUUUGCUAAAUAUAGUUCAGCAAACUUUGUUUAUAAGAGCCUCUGUGAUAUUGUUGUCUGGAUGAAUGUCUUACAUAGUAAUGGUUCAGUUUUGUUUUUUGUUUUUUUUUUGUAAAUUAAAUCAUUUGAAAUCAUAAUAAAUAAGCGGCUUGUGUGUACGGUAACAAACAAGACAGAUGUCUCAAAGAAAGUGGAA